AUGACCGAUGACCCAGAUAUCCACCAAGCCAAAUUUCCACCCGAUGAAAAUGAAAAUUUACGCGAGUCCCGAUAAGGAUAAGAAGGGCGGGCCUGCGAUAAGGACUCAAUUUCAACCUCACUUCAUCUCUUGAGAACAUCAACAGCCAUCAUCUUAUCCAUAUCGGCAGAAUCAUCUGAGAUCGCGGUUAUGACUCUGUAUCUUUUGCAUAAUGCGUCAAAUAUAGCUGCGAACCAAAGAGGAAGCUACAUCACGAGGUGCUCAUCCACUCUUCGGUACCGCGUUUCAUGUAUCUGGGCUGUGCAGCAUGGUAGCAGCUCCGAUAGGUGGAACGCCAGUGUAUAUUUUCUUUUCGAAAUGGAACCACGCUUCUCAUCACAAACAACAUCUCGCUCCUUAUCAGUAUUCAUAGGAACUGGUCUGAUUACCCGGGUUACUAUGCACUGAGCACUGAACGAAUGAAUCCAAUUCUUGAGAUAUCAUCAAUUAUGAUCUUUGUGGUGACAACCGAGACUCCGGUGAGCCGCUGCGGAUCUUGUCAGGGAUAACGUCGAUCAAUCAACCGUCGUCCCCCCUUGGGCACCAUCUCAGAUUAAGGAUGCGUCGUUGAUGGACCAGAAACGCAGCAUACCCAACCGGCAGAGACCGACGAGGAAACCGGCCCCGCCCAGGGCCCAACUUGAGAUGAACUUCAUGCGGCCAACCUUGUUUCUGCUCAAGGAUUGUGACAGUUGACGUGUGGUGGCGCAUCGCUUCCCGGGCGGUACAUCUUCCAGCAAUGCGAAACUGAACAAUCUGGAUAUUUUGGACCAAUGAUGAUUCCAUAUUGACGGAUGAUUUACCUUCCCCUGAGUGCAGAAACGGCCAUUCCAGCACCAUUAUUUCCCACAAACAAUGCCAUAUCGUUGGCGUAGUCGCUGAUGCUGGGCAGGGAGAGCAGUCUCUUAUAAAGUCUGAUAUGUCUGCCGAUCAAAGCCCGUAAGGUCUGUUUUCAACCCACCACCACAUUCAUUCAUUUGUCCGUUGUUUUUGCUUGCUGGGCAGUUUUUCAUAUCAUCACGUGCUCGGUCAUGUUACCUUCCAAUCUUUUAGUUUUGCUCUCUGCAGCUACCACUCUCACUCUUUCGAAUGCUCUUCCAGCUUCUCAGUCAUUACCCGAACCUCAUUAUGCUCAAAUUGGCGAACGUCGUCUCAACAGCGAGCGUCUCAAUACCCGAGCAACAAAAACAGAAUAUGUCACCUACGCCGUCGCUGGGAUCAACCAAAUGAUGACCUGGUACAACGCAGCAACAGGCCUAUGGCAAGAAGCUUGGUGGCCCAGCGCGAACGUUGUCACAAUGUUGGCCAACUUCCACCAGUACUUCCCAGACAUGGCGAAAGGGAUUACCGAGCAGGUAUACACAACUACUUUCGCUGUCGCCGAAAAGACUUUUCCUGGAUAUCUCAACGGAUUCUACGAUGACGAGCUAUGGUGGGUGCUUGCCUGGAUUCAGGUCUACGAUGUUACAAAUGACCAAAAGUACCUCGACAAAGCCGCUGCAAUAUUUGAAGACUCCAAGAAUGCAUGGGGACAAACUCCAUGCGGUGGGCUUUGGUGGGACAAAGCACAUACACAAAUCGGCGCCGUAGAGAACGAAUUGUACCUCUCCGCAGCCGCAAAACUCGCCAAUCGCCGCCCAAACACCCCAUCUGGCGGAUACUACUUUAAUGAAGCAGUCAAAGCUUACGAAUGGUUCAUCGGCUCCGGCCUCAUCAACUCCGAUAAUGUAAUCAACAAUGGCCUCAACAUCGCCACAUGCCAGAACGACGGGAGCUACGUCUUUUCCUACAACCAAGGAAUCCUUCUCUCUGGCCUGGCUGAACUCACGUGGUCGACUGGAGACCCGAAGUAUAAUCAGUUGGCGAACACAAUCGCUCUGGCUGCCAUGAGGAACCUGACGAACUCUGAUGGCAUCCUCACGGAUCCUUGUGACCGCGGUUGCAACUCUGACACCGAGCAAUUCAAGGGUGUCUUUGGUCGUGGUAUCCAAUUUCUGGUCAACCGCGCAAUGGUUCUGGAUGAUGCAACCAGAGCUAUCUAUAUCAAUUUCCUGAAGAAGAAUGCCGACUCUAUCUGGGCAUACGACCAAGUCGAUAAUCAGUUGGGGCUCGUGUGGAGUGGACCGAAAGGCACCGCGAGUGUCCAAACGCAGUCGUCAGCACUGGAUGCUAUUGUUGGAGCCGCGUGUGUUUCGUGAGAGCGUAGGGUAUUUUUGGUUACGACGGUUUGGUUUCGGCGUAAUUGAUAGACACUGGGUAUGGCUACUUGCCUUGAUGGUAAUGUCUUUUGGUUUGGCUUGAUUGGGAUAUAUGAUACCAGGAUACUUAGAGAUAGUGUGUUACGAAUUUAAUGACCUUGACAAUUUUA